UGCGCUUAUGCCCACUUAACCAAGCAAGUUCACUCUUGUUUCUUUCACUCGUCAAAUCUCCUCUUGCAAAAAAAGGGUCACUUCCACCGCACCCAUCAGGUCUUCCACCUCACCACCGUCAAUAGUCGCUUCGUUUUAUUGAUUCUUACUGCCUGCAAUUACAUCCCACCAGCGGUUCUUCUCUUUCUAUCUCUCUCUGUCUUAAGGAACAUUAGCUGCUUGGUGUAUUUGAGUAGAUUCCGGUCUUCGUUUCUCUUGUUGCCAGUUGUGCGAAGAAUGAGGCAGAGACAGAGUGCAGCUGAAUCACCACCCCCUAAACUCACACCUCAAAACGCUGAUCAUUCCAAACAAGGAGGAGAAACAAAAUCCCAGAAAUCCAACAACUUUUCCUCUUCAAAGAAUAUAUUUGCAUUGUGUCUAGCUUUUCGAAUAGCAAAUUCUCUGCUGAUACAAACAUAUUUCAAUCCAGAUGAGCACUGGCAAGCCCUUGAAGUUGCUCAUCGCAUAGUAUUCGGGUACGGGCACUUGACUUGGGAGUGGAAGAAGGGUAUUCGAAGCUAUUUGCAUCCUUUGGUGUUUGCUUUGCUGUUCAAAGUUCUUGCACUAUUAGGUCUUGAUACUCCAUGGUUUAUGACCAAGGCUCCACGAUUGCUGCAAGCACUGUUUUCUGCAGUUGGUGAUUUGUACUUGUACAAACUUUCUUAUGCUUUCUUCGAUUUUUCUGUGGCAAAAUGGGCACUUUUCUCUCAAUUAACAAACUGGUUCAUUUUUUUCUGCUUCAACCGUACAUUGUCCAAUAGCUUGGAAACUGUUCUUACACUGGUGGGUUUGUAUCAUUGGCCCUGUAUGAGAAAUUAUCCUAGUAAAAUAUCAUUGCAUUCAAGGAAAUGGGGUUUGAUAGUAGCUGCAUUAGCUUGUGCAAUUCGACCAACAAGUGCUAUCAUCUGGGUUUACGUUGGCAUUCUUGAGCUUUUUCUCACUCGUGAUAGAUUGAGGUUCGUUGUUCUGGAGGUGGUUCCAAUUGGGGGUUUGGUGCUUGGUCUUUCAUGUUUGUUGGAUCGUUUGAUGUAUGGCUCGUGGGUCAUAGUGCCUCUUAAUUUUCUUAAGUUCAAUUUUCUUUCCUCUGGCGGAGAUUAUUAUGGAACUCACAAAUGGCACUGGUACUUCUCUCAGGGAUUUCCUGUCAUGCUCUUCACUUUCUUACCAUUUUCAAUAGCUGGCAGCAUGAAGUCUAAAUGUUGGAAGCUUUCUGGUCUUAUUGCAUGGGUCCUAAUUCUUUACAGUGUAUUGGGUCACAAAGAAUUCAGGUUUGUCUUGCCUGUGCUACCAAUAGCUUUGGUCUUUGCUGGUUAUGCAUUAUCUAUUAUGGCAAGACCUGAUUCUCCGCAUGCUAAGAGGAAAGGUUCUUCAAAGUAUCAUACCAAAUGGCCUUCAAAAAUAGUUUUCGCUGUCAUCUUCUUGUUAGCAACCAAUAUUCCAAUGGCAAUCUAUAUGAGUUUGGUUCAUCAGAGAGGAACUGAGGAUGUAAUGAUCUACCUAUCCAAAGAAGCCCGCAAUGAGAAAGUGAAGAGUAUCCUAUUCUUAAUGCCCUGCCAUGCCACACCUUACUACUCUACUCUCCAUAGAAAUCUGCCAAUGCGUUUUCUAGACUGCACACCGAGUGAAGAGAAAGGAAUCCCUGAUGAGUCGGAUCGUUUCCUAUUGGAUCCUGUUGGGUUUACAUCAGAAUUGGCAAAAAACUGGUCUCUGCCGAGUCAUGUUGUAUUAUUUGAAUCUGAGGAGAAACUGUUGAAGAAUUUCCUGAUUUCGCAUUCUUUCAGAGAGAUAAAGAGGUUUUUCCAUGCUCACUUCAAGGUGGACCGAGAUCUUCAAGCAUCAGUUGUUGUCUAUGCUUUAAAUGAUUAAAUUCAAUUGUUUCCUGGAAGCAGUCUUUGCAUCAGAAUCCGCCUUCUAAGAAUUCUCUACUACUUUCAUUUCGGUAGACUUGAACAAUUUGAUUUCUAAAACAGCUGAGGUGCGUUGCACUUCAACAAGAGAAUAUGGAAGUUGGGAUUGCUGUACAUUGCAAUUAUCAGAUAGUAAUUUACUUACAAUAGUUUCCCUGGUAUGGAGACUGUUAUUUUGAAGAAUUUUCUCAUUGAAACCAAAAGUAUUGAUGGUGUUGAUAAUUGGAGUUGUCGAGGUCUUUGGAUGCUGUGGUGUAGAAGGAAGAUUUUGCAGAUGGGAUUAUUAAAGCUGAUUGAGGAGAGGGAGCCGGAGACGCAUGACGAAGAGGAAGAAGCUUAUGGGUUGUUACUCUGUCCCCUGUUUGUUUUUUUUCAAGUGCUUAAUAAUUUAAAAAUAUAAAAUUAAUUCUUACAUUAAAAAUAAAUUAUUCGUUUUAUUCGUGCAUA